AUAUAGAGGAGAGAUUUGUAUUUAUGUAUGUUUGUAACGAAUAAACUCUAAAACUACUUAACCGAUUUCGAUGAAACUUGGUACACAGAUAGAUCAUAACCUGGAAUAUGACAUAGGACUUUUUAUCUCAGUAUUAAGUUCCCGUGGGAUAAUUUAAAACUAUAACGUGGGCCAAGACAUGGGUAAAAGCUAUCUUAUAUAGUAACACUGUGAGCUUAAAACCUUAACCGCUACGAUUUGUACGCUCGUGUAUGCAAUUGUCAAUUUUGCAAGUAUGCAGUUUUACAAAUUUGGAUUGAAUGACGUGAUUUUAGGCCUAUAAAACGUGUUGCAAAUUAAUGUCCGGUACAAUUCCUCUCUGAACGAAUCCUCUCCACAAGGGAUCAACGCUCCGAGCUCCUAAUCAAGCUACCUGUCUAAGCGCCUUUCAAGAAUGUCGAAGCUACUCGCCAACGAUCUCUUCCUCUCCAGCGACGAGUCUGAAGUGGAGGUGAAGCCGAAGAGGAAGUCGGAGGACAAGAAAAUGAAGAGAGACCGAUUCGACAAGAAGGGUGAAGGAUCUAGUUCGAAAAAGUCCAAACCGACUAUCCCCCCGAUUUCUCCUCCAGCACGUGUUACGGCCAAUGAAUUAUUCGGCGACGAAGACAGUGACAAAAAUGAAUGUGUUAAGAGCUCCACCAAAACGGUAAAUGUCCCACCUAUACAUUCUUAUUUUACGAAAAGGCAGGCGAAGGGCUAUUCUCUCCAAAUUAGUGAGACGAAAGAAGGAAAAUAUUACGAGUACGUCGAGGUAAAAAUCUAUGAUGUUGAAGAAAUAAAAAAAAUAAUGCCGAUGAAUAGAUGGCGGUAUGCUAUUACUAGUAUAAAAACGAAAUUGGAUGAAGAUAAGGAGUCUUGGCACCAUAUAAAAGAGUUCGUCUUAGCGACCCAAAAAGAUUUUAAAAAUUGUCCGCUGUUAUACUUACGAUCCUACGAAACUUAAUCAAUUCAUUUUUCCUGUACACAUUUUUUUAUAUUACACGAUGCAUAGUUAUAUCUCUAUAUACAUUAUAAUCCCUGUAUUAGCUUUAAUUCCUAGGGUAAUUCAAUGUAUUUUUGGUUAUUUCAUUAUAUUUUAUAAUCAUUAU